UUUCCUUAGUGUCCUCUUGCUCUGAAGCUUUUAGAUCCAAUUCGGCUGCCGUAAGGCAAGGCGGCAAGAUGGCGGCCUCCGCUUUUGCGUGUACUGUGAGAGCAGCCUCAGGAAUCUUACGGCCCCUGAGUAUUUGGGCAUCUUCAGCCUAUCGAAACUGCUCCAAGAAUGCCUGUCUUAGUUCUGCAGUGUCUUCCCGACAUUUCAGUCACAUUCAGACACCGGUUGUGUCCUCUGCUCCCAGACUGAUCACAUCUGUCAGAAACCUGACAUGUGGGCAGACUGCCACAGUCCUCAAUAGAGUGGUCCCCUUGCUCCCAAACAUCCUGAAGCCACCAGUCAGAACUGUAACAUACUACAGUUCAAGAAAAGGCAAGAGAAAGACUGUGAAAGCUGCCAUCUAUAGGUUUCUUCGACUUCAUUCUGGCCUGUGGCUAAGGAGGAAGGCUGGUUAUAAGAAAAAAUUAUGGAAGAAGACGGCUGCAAGAAAAAGACGCUUGAGGGAAUUUGUCUUCUGCAAUAAAACCCAAAGUAAGCUCUUAGAUAAAAUGACAACAUCUUUCUGGAAGAGGCGAAACUGGUAUGCUGAUGAUCUUUAUCAGAAGUAUCAUGACCGAACAAACUUGAAAGUAUAGAUCAGAAGUUUUAUGAUUUCCCAGUUAUCGAAUGUGUAUCUUUGUGUAUAUGAUGUCUUUGCAAAGAUGAAAUAGUAUAAGAUAUGAUGUAAAUUGUACCAACUGAUACGGAAGCAUGUAGUACCAACGUUAAACUUACCAAUGUUU